AUGACAAAGAAGAUAUGGGAUAUCUUUAAUUUAACUUUUAUUAUCGAAAUCCAGAGAUAUCGCUCAAGUCUUGAUGCUAUCACAGCAGCUCAGCAUAAUAUCGUAUUCGGUGAUAAUCAUAUCAGCCGAGUAAGUUAUUUUACUUGCAAACUUUUGAGUCUCUUCAGAAUUGAACUCUUGACAUUUCCAGCUUACUGCACAGUAGUUCUCCAGUUAUUUGAUGUAGGAUGUGCAGCAUCUUUGAGAUCAAAGAAUAACAGGUUAAAAUAUGUUCCGCUUUACACAUAUGAGCAAGAUAAUUUAUCAAAUACCCCAAAACCAAGGUUAAAAAUUGUAAGAAUUUUAAUUGAUGCUUGUGAUUAA